AUGUUGACGUCAGAGCAGGUCAGAGCUCACUGGUGGCGUACAGUGAAUGGAUUUUGUCAAUAAAGCAAGUGACAGUAUAAUAGAGAAAUAGCGAAUUGUUUUAAAAAGUAUUCAUCAUCAUGGGUGACAAUGAGCAGAAAGCCAUACAGCUCAUGGCUGAGGCAGAAAAAAAAUUAACAUCCUCCAAAGGUUUCUUUGGAUCUCUUUUUGGAGGAUCAUCGAAAGUAGAAGAAGCAGUAGAAUGCUAUCAGCGUGCAGCAAAUAUGUUCAAAAUGGCAAAAAAGUGGGGAGCUGCAGGGAAUGCAUUCUGCGAAGCAGCUAAUCUUCAUGGCAAAGCUGGUAGCAGACAUGAUGCUGCAACGAACUACGUAGAUGCUGCCAACUGUUAUAAAAAGUCGGAUCCAAAUGAGGCGGUUAGCUGUCUUCUAAAAGCAAUAGAGAUAUACACGGACAUGGGACGGUUCACAAUGGCUGCUAAGCACCAUCAAAGUAUAGCAGAGAUGUAUGAGAGCGAGUCUGUCGACCUUGAUAGAGCAGUAAACCACUACGAACAGGCAGCCGACUAUUUCCGGGGUGAAGAAAGUAACUCUUCUGCAAAUAAGUGUUUGCUCAAGGUAGCACAAUAUGCCGCUCAACUUGAGAAUUACGACAAAGCGAUCCAGAUCUAUGAACAGGUCGCCUCUUCGUCCCUUGAAAGCUCGCUGUUGAAAUAUAGUGCAAAGGAGUACUUUUUUCGUGCUGCAUUAUGCCAUCUCUGCGUCGAUGUUUUGAAUGCUCAACAUGCAAUCGAACGUUACCAAGAACAAUACCCUGCCUUUCAGGAUUCUAGAGAGUACAAACUUAUCAAGACGCUAAUCGAACACCUAGAAGAACAAAAUUUGGAAGGUUACACAGAAGCAGUUAAGGAGUAUGAUUCCAUAUCACGGUUGGAUUCCUGGUACACAACGAUCUUAUUGCGUAUUAAGAAACAGGUCAACGACAACCCAGACCUGCGCUGAUCUCUUCACUCUUUUACACAUAAUAAUAUGCCAUUAUUAUCUUCCCACUCAGAUUGUGCACAUCUUCCUCUCAUAGCCAGGCUUAUAGAAUAUCUUCAGACCCUAGCGUCUUGAAAGGGGUAAACGAAUACUGUUUUAUUAAAGUACUCACGAAAUUGUUUUUCGUUCUUAGAAAUGUGUGAAGUAUCAUUGUAUAGAAUUUAAACGUAUUAUUCAAGAAUGGUAGUAAAUACA